AAACACGGGAAGAGACACGGGACGAAGCUCAGGGCGAGAGGGAAGAAGAGGAGAGUGGGGCAGAAUCAGGCCCCGUCACGCCCACACCCUCUUGCCCCCAUCGCUUACGCCCCCUCCCCCCGCGACGCUGCUGCAGCAGCAGCACGGGUAGAAGGAGCAACAGCAGCAUUUUCUGGGUUCUGCUGCAUCGUGGCCUCGCCAAUCGGCGGCAGCAGAAGCAGCAGCAGCGAUGGCGUUGUUUAGUGGGUGCUCGGGAUGGGCGGGGCUCAAGGUGUCAUCGCGAGUGGGUGGGGAGGCUUGCAGAACCCCCCCCGUUGUUCACUGCAGCAUGCAUUCUAGGUCAAGCGUUCGAGCUCUACGCCGAAUCGACCGAGCUUUGAGUAAUGGGGGUCUUUGCAAUUUUGGAGAGAGGGACUUGUUGGCUUUGGAAGCAAAAUCGCCUUUGCGAUGUGAACCCCCCUCGAGCGUGAUGCGGAAUCCUGUCAUGGCAUUUGAAGGAAGCGGAGACGACACUGGAAGUUAUAACGAAGCGAAAAUUAAAGUAAUAGGGGUCGGAGGUGGGGGUUCCAACGCCGUAAACCGAAUGCUUGAGAGCGAGAUGCAAGGGGUAGAAUUCUGGAUCGUGAAUACUGAUGCGCAGGCUAUGGCCUUGUCCCCUGUUCCGGCUCAGAAUCGUCUGCAGAUUGGGCAAAAAUUGACGAGAGGUCUGGGGGCGGGCGGGAAUCCAGAAAUAGGGUGUAGUGCUGCGGAAGAGAGCAAAGCUAUGGUGGAAGAAGCCCUACGCGGAGCUGACAUGGUUUUCGUAACGGCGGGUAUGGGUGGCGGCACUGGCAGCGGUGCAGCACCAAUAAUUGCGGGUGUGGCGAAGCAGUUGGGAAUUCUUACUGUAGGAAUAGUUACUACUCCUUUCGCCUUUGAAGGGCGGAGACGAGCUGUCCAAGCCCACGAGGGUAUUGCAGCUCUCAAAAAUAACGUGGACACGUUAAUUACGAUUCCAAACAACAAACUUUUGACUGCAGUUGCGCAGUCUACCCCAGUGACGGAAGCGUUCAAUCUUGCAGACGACAUCCUUCGGCAGGGAGUGCGGGGUAUUUCAGAUAUUAUCACGGUCCCUGGGCUGGUUAACGUAGAUUUUGCCGACGUGCGGGCGAUCAUGGCUAAUGCAGGAUCAUCUUUGAUGGGCAUAGGGACCGCCACAGGUAAGUCAAGAGCUAGAGAAGCAGCAUUGAGCGCAAUCCAAUCUCCUCUAUUGGAUGUGGGUAUUGAGCGAGCCACAGGGAUAGUCUGGAAUAUCACUGGGGGAAGCGACAUGACUCUCUUUGAGGUAAAUGCUGCAGCAGAGGUGAUUUAUGAUUUGGUCGAUCCCAACGCAAAUCUUAUUUUUGGAGCCGUAGUAGACGAAGCACUUCAUGGCCAAGUUAGUAUAACUUUGAUAGCAACAGGAUUUAGUUCUCAAGAUGAACCUGAUGCGCGUAGUAUGCAAAAUGUGAGUCGUAUUUUGGAUGGACAAGCUGGUCGAUCACCGACAGGUUUAUCUCAAGGCAGCAAUGGCUCUGCGAUCAAUAUACCAAGUUUCUUAAGGAAGCGAGGCCAGACACGUCAUUAAAGGUCGUAACAUUGGAAUUACUUGUUAAGGGAAGAAUAACUGGACCUUAAUCUGCUUCUUGCCUUUGAUGAGAUGUGAAAUAUUGCUUGUAGUGGUAGUUAGAUUGCAUCCGACGACGAAGUGUGUUUAGGCUGAAGAGCAAAACUCCAUGACAACUGUGUUCUCGACCAACGAUUAAUGAGAGCUCUGAUUUUCCAAGACCCUAUGCUUUCGGGACAGCAGCAAGUUUGCCUAGUUAAGUAUGGGUUUUCAGUAAAAUAUUUAUCUUCUUGCACA